AUGAGCGUCCCUGAAGAAUACAAGUCUCUGGAUACUUCCUUUAAGGAAUGUACUGCCAGUUUUAAACAGGUUAUGACGUCCCCCUCUUCCGUUCGCUGCGCUGAAGGGUCGCUGCUACGUGAUUCGAGCAAUUUUUAUGCCUGGUCGCAACACAUCCUCAUGAUGGCCAGAGAUUUUGAUUAUGGUGAUCUCCUGGCCGCCUACCUUAAGGACGGACGCACCGCUAUCGUCUUCUACUUCGGCGUGACGGACCCCAACGCCCACGCCGUCCUAGCUUUGCUGCCCUCGUUCACUCAGCUGGUGGCUCAGAUGGAUAAACUCUGUGAUCGCAUUGUUUCUUCCUCCGUCUCUGAGGAUGCCAAGGGAUCUUUCUACAAUGAUCGCAUCAAGGACGAACCUCACCACGGUGCCUACAAAUUCUGUUUGAAACUGGCAGUACAUUCCUUAAAGGAAGUAUCCAGAGUCUUGUAUUCUUCAGGGACGCUCAUAGUGAUAGAGUAG